UGGCGGCCGGGGCCAUGGCGGACCUGAGCGGCGGGCAGGAGCCGGUGGCUGUGGGGCUGUGGCCGCCCGGGGAGGCCCCGCCGGCCUUUCAGUACAGCCCAGACAGCGUGGCUGGAGCAGACGGACAUGUGGACCCCACGGAAAUCACCUUCCCAGGAUGUUCCUGUCUUACCAGCUCCUGCGUGGUGCCCGCCUGCUCGUGUCUGUGCCGUGGGGAAAAUUACAGCAGUUUGUGCCUCAGGCCUGCGGACACAGAGGAGGAAUACGCCAGGCCUGUGUUUGAGUGCAAUUCCAUGUGCCGGUGUGGGGAAUCCUGUCCCAACAGGGUUGUGCAGAGGGGUUUGCAGUUCAGGCUCGAGGUGUUCAAGACUGAGAAGAAAGGGUGGGGCGUUCGCACUCUGCAAUCCAUAGCUCAAGGAAGAUUUGUCUGUGAAUACGCCGGUGAAGUUUUAGGCUUUCCUGAGGCACGUAGAAGAAUUCAGGCCCAGACCUCAAAGGAUUCCAACUAUAUCCUAGCGGUGAGGGAGCACCUCCACAGCGGGGGGGUCAUGGAGACCUUUGUUGACCCCACGUACAUCGGGAACGUGGGCAGGUUCCUCAAUCAUUCCUGUGAACCUAAUCUAUUUAUGGUGCCAGUUCGAGUUGACUCCAUGGUGCCUAAACUGGCACUUUUUGCAGCCACUGAUAUUGCUGCCGGAGAGGAACUUUCCUAUGAUUAUUCUGGGAGAUUCCAUAAUUUACCAAUAACUAACAGAGAACAAAAAUCUUCAGAGGAAAAUAACAAAUUGAGAAAACCUUGUUACUGUGGUUCCCGCACGUGUGCUUCCUUCUUACCCUGGGACAGCUCCCUCUUUUCCACACCAGAUGCUUUCUCAGGGAGCUCUCCGUUGCAUUUCAGUCCCUGAGUAUACCAAAAAACCAUCAUUUUCCCUAGUAGUUAAAUGCAGUUAAAUAAAACUCUGAUUGUGUAUUCCACUAAGGAAGCACAUGUGAUUUUGAGGAACAGCUAGAAGACAAGAUUUUGAGAAUAACUUCAUGCAACAUCCGUUUUCAAGGUGGAUGGUACAAUAUGAGGGAGCACUGGAGCUUUGAGAUGUUCCAAAAUCAGUUACUAACCCAGGCCUGGGGUUUCUUUUCUUGUUUCCUGCUGCCCAUUUGCUGUAGGAUAAAGCACCUCUCUCAGUCUGUACCUUUCUGCAAGAAUGGACUUGAGCAUUGGUGCACAGAAAGGACAUGGUAACAAGAAGAAAUGUUGACAAUUACACCAGAGGAUGAGACCAAGGAAUGUUGACGUUUGCACAAGGGCAUUUGGUUUCUUACAUCCUGUUAAAAUAAAUUAUUUUUUUUUUAA